GUCUCGCGAGAAGCGGCUAAGAAGCCGGCCUGCAACCUGCCGGGGCGGCUCUGGUAGGCGCAGCUGGUGGAGAGGCUGCCCUACACCUAGCACCGGAGGGAUCCGGUGGAGUAGGCGGAGGAAGCGGGGCGUCGCUCUCGUAUCCCUUCUCCUCGACCCUCAGUGGAUGUCUCGGGGACCGGAAGGGCAGAGUAACCCCGUGCCCCGCCCCUUUCCUGUCAUCUCUGGGCCACCGCAGCGACAACCCGGAGAGGGCGCAUCACAAUAGGGCGGUUUAUCUGUGCAGGCUGGACCUCUGUGAGGGAGAAGGAAAUGGAACACCUCCAUGUCUAACUGGGUUAUGGGUGCUACAUGUGUGCUUUCAGAGCAGUAGUGUGAGGAAACUUGAAGUGGGAUGGCAGGACGGCCUCAUCCCUAUGACAGUAACUCCAGCGAUCCAGAGAAUUGGGAUCGGAAAUUGCAUAGUAGACCUCGUAAACUUUAUAAACAUUCAAGCACUGCCUCACGUGUUGCUAAGGGAGGAGUCGACCACACCAAAAUGAGUCUGCAUGGUGCUAGUGGGGGACAUGAGAGAUCAAGAGAUAGACGAAGGUCAAGUGACAGAUCACGAGAUUCGUCUCAUGAGCGAGCGGAGUCUCAGCUUACUCCUUGUAUUCGCAAUGUGACUUCACCAACCCGACAGCACCAUGUUGAACGAGAAAAAGAUCAUAGUUCGUCUCGUCCAAGCAGUCCUCGUCCUCAAAGAGCAUCCCCAAAUGGCUCCCUGAGCAGUGCUGGGAACAGCAGCAGAAACAGCAGUCAGUCGAGCUCAGAUGGUAGCUGUAAGACAUCUGGGGAGAUGGUGUUUGUGUAUGAGAACGCAAAAGAAGGGGCUCGGAAUGUAAGAACAUCUGAGCGAGUGACGCUGAUAGUGGAUAACACCAGAUUUGUUGUGGACCCGUCCAUUUUUACUGCACAGCCAAAUACAAUGUUGGGCAGGAUGUUUGGAUCUGGCCGUGAACAUAACUUCACACGUCCCAAUGAGAAGGGAGAAUAUGAGGUGGCAGAAGGAAUUGGUUCUACUGUGUUUCGAGCUAUUUUGGAUUACUAUAAGACAGGAAUCAUCCGCUGUCCUGAUGGCAUAUCUAUUCCUGAAUUGAGAGAAGCAUGCGAUUACCUUUGUAUCUCUUUUGAAUACAGUACAAUUAAGUGUAGAGAUCUCAGUGCCCUUAUGCAUGAGUUAUCAAAUGAUGGUGCUCGUAGACAAUUUGAAUUUUAUCUGGAAGAAAUGAUCCUCCCUCUCAUGGUAGCAAGUGCCCAGAGUGGGGAACGAGAGUGCCAUAUAGUGGUGCUUACAGAUGAUGAUGUAGUUGAUUGGGAUGAGGAGUAUCCACCACAGAUGGGAGAGGAAUAUUCACAAAUUAUUUAUAGCACAAAAUUAUAUAGAUUUUUCAAGUACAUUGAAAACAGAGAUGUGGCCAAAUCAGUUUUGAAGGAGAGGGGUCUUAAGAAGAUUAGAUUGGGAAUAGAAGGCUAUCCUACCUACAAAGAAAAAGUAAAGAAAAGGCCAGGGGGGCGCCCAGAAGUCAUUUACAACUAUGUCCAAAGACCCUUUAUACGAAUGUCCUGGGAGAAGGAGGAAGGAAAGAGUCGGCAUGUAGACUUUCAGUGUGUAAAGAGUAAAUCUAUCACCAACCUGGCAGCAGCUGCCGCAGACAUUCCCCAGGACCAGCUGGUAGUCAUGCACCCUACUCCACAGGUGGAUGAGCUGGAUAGCCUCCCCAGCCACCCUGCCUCGGCCAGUAAUGACCUUGAUCCUGAUGCACAGAAUCCAAUGCUGUGAUGCUGAUGUUCCUGAAACCAUAGCAUGCUACUCUUCAGUGACGUCGUGCUCCUCAUUCUGCACUGCGAGGCCACUUUUCUUCAUUGUGAGAUGCACAUGUUUAGGAUACUGCAGUGUAGGCUUUUUUAAAGACCAAAGGUAGCUGAAUGGUUUUUUAAUGAGUACAACUUUAGCAUCCUGGUUCCAGUUCUAUAAAUGUAUUUGUUUACCAGUAGGUUUGUGAAAUUGGUUCUUUGUACAGGGACAGUCCUUUUUCACACAUCUAGGUCUUCUCAGAAGUGGUGGGAAUUAGCAGCUGGGGCACUUUCGAUGUAGAUUGAUACUCAUCGCGUCCCAGGUAAAAUGCAGAAUAUUAAGAGUUGCACUUUAGAGAUGGUGGUUAAAUGGAGCUCUUGAAGCCAUUUUAGAGUUGUGAUGCACAGUAUAACGUAAGUGCUUCUAUCAGAGUAUUCCUCAGUACAGUAUGUGUAGUUGGCCCACAAGAAGCAAAAACAUAUUUAUCUUGAGUUUAUUUGAAUGAUUGCGAUGAGAUUUAAUGCUCAUAAUGUUGGUUCACUCAUCUCCAGAGCCCUGUAACCCUUUCAGAGUGAGUCAUAUGCAGGGAGGGUGAACGUCAAGAGGGGGUUUACUGUCCAGUCUGCCUUACCCUUAAUCUGUUCAGAUAUUUAUUUACUAAUGCUUUUUUUUCUUAAGAGUCAUGGGAUAGGAAAAUGAACUGUUUGCUCUUCAUUUACUAAAAUGAUUGUAAACUCAAGUUUUUCAUCAAAAUAAAAUUCCAUUGUUUUAUGUUUCUGACCAACUUUAUAAAUA